AUGGAUAAGGCUGGACAUGGCCUUGGCCUCGUCGCCGAUUUCGCCAACGCGAUCAAGAGCUGCAAGGAUCUCCACAAAUGCCGGCUUCUCCACAGCAAGAUCCUCUCCGGCCCCUGCAAUCACGACCGAUACCUCUCCAAUCUCCUCAUCGACACGUAUGGCAAGCUGGCCAGUAUCGAGAGCGCUCGCGCCGUCUUCCACGCGAUGGGCGAUCCCAAUCACUUCUCCUGGAACAUCUUGCUGGGCGCAUUCGCCCAGAAUGCCCACAUCGACGACGCGAAGACCACUUUCGAUCGCAUGCCGCAGUGGGAUCUCGUCUCGUGGAACGCGCUAAUCUCCGCAUUUGCCCAUCACGGGCAUUCGGAGGAGGCCAAGGCGAUGUUCCUGGCGAUGGAGAAUCGUGACGUCGUGUCCUGGAGCUCCGUGAUCAAAGCCUACGCGCAGUCCGGACUCGUCGAUAAGGCCUCGCAAGUCAUGGAUCGCAUUCCCAAAUGGGACGUCCAAUCCAUCACCGGCAUGGUCGCAGCAUUUGCCCAGAACGGGCACCUUGACGCUGCGAGCGCGAUGUUCGAUCGAAUGGAAGAACGCAACGUCGUCGUGUGGACGGCGCUCAUCACCGGCCUCUCGCUGAGUUACCAGAUCGAAGAGGCGGAGACAAUCUUUAGAUUGAUCCCCGGGAGGGACGUGAUCGCGUGGAACGCGAUGAUCACGGCGUAUAGCCAAAAUGGCGACCCCCACACGGCCAAGCUCCUCUUCGACGUAAUGCCGGAGCGCAACGUGGUGACGUGGACGACCCUGAUUGUCGUGCUGGCAGACCACGGUGACCUGUGCGACGGACGCGGUACCUACCUGCGGAUGCCGCACGUCAACGUAGUAGCGUCCAAUGCGAUGAUCCAGGCCAACGCCCACCACGGUGAGCACGACGCGGCAAAAGGAAUCUUUGACGGGAUGCGAGAGUGGGACCUUGUCUCCUGGAACUGUCUUCUCACGCUCUACACGGAGGCAGGGAACCUCGCUGACGUGGAGGGCGUCUUCCACGCCAUGCCCGACCGGGAUGACGUGUCGCGCAACGCGAUGCUUGCGGCGUAUGUCCGCUGGGGCCACCUGGACAGCGCCACGUGCCUGUUUGACGCGAUGCCACGUCGCGGGAUCGUGUGCUGGAACACCAUGGUCACCGCGCACGCCAAUGCGGGCGUCACCGCGCGGGCGAAGUGGCUUUACGACACCAUGCCGCAGUGGAAUAUCCUUUCGGUCACGGCGAUGCUCACCGCGUACUCUAACCGCGCGUUUGUAGAAGAUGCCGAGGAUCUCUUCAUGCGGCUGCCGCAGCGCACCGCGGUAGCGUGCAACAUUAUGAUCGUGAUGUACAGCGAACAGGAGGAUCUAGAAUCAGCGGUCGGCAUAUUUUCUAAGAUGCCACAGCACGAUCUUAUCUCGUGGAACGCGCUUGUUUCAGCAUAUGCCGCAAAUGGGCAUCCGCUGCAAGCGAGAGUUUCUCUCGAUUCCAUGCCCAAGAGAGACGUGGUAUCGUGGACGACGGUGGUGGCUGGAUAUACCCAAACUGGUGAUAUCGACAAGGCCAUCUCCGCCAUGAAUCGGAUGCCAAUGUGGGAUCUCGUGACCUGGAACGUGAUGAUCUCGGCGUACGCAGGGAUUGGAAACUGUGUCAUAGCAAAGAAAAUGUUUGAUGACAAGCAGCAACGGAAUCUCAUCUCAUGGAAUGGACUGAUCGCGGCCUACGCCCAAACCGGAAACUUGGCACUCGCGGUCGCCAGCUUCCACAAGAUGCCCGAAUGGGACUCCAUCUCUUGGAUCGGGCUCAUCGUGGCCUACGCGCAAUGCGGCCACGUAUCCGACGCCUGUGCGAUGUUCGAGGAUAUCCCUUCCCGCGGGACGCUGGCGUUCUCCGCGAUCCUGGGGGCAUAUGCCCACACUGGGUAUCACAGCGAGGCCGGGGAGGUCUUCCGGGCAAUGCAGCUCGAGGGCGUACGUCCAACCAAGGUUUCGUACAUGGCGCUUCUCACAGGUUUCAGCUAUGGCGGGAUGCUGGACGAGUGCCGAGAGGCCUUCGUGGGGAUGCUGUCGUCGGGGAUCUCUCCGGCGAUCCAGCACUUUCGCAGCGUUGUCGACGUUAUCGGGCGAGCAAAGGACCCGGGGGAUGCGGAAGAACUGAUCAGAACGAUGCCGUAUGUGGCGGACUCGGUGGUGUGGACGUCGCUGCUCGGGGCGUGUCGCAUGCACGGGGAUCUGGAGAGAGCGGCGCUGGCGGCAAGAAAGGUGACGGAGCUCGAGCCCGACAUCUCGGUUCCGUAUGUGCUGCUGGCCGAGAUGAUCAAGAGCGAGAGUGGCAGCGACAGUGACGAGCUCGCGAAAGCUCCUCGCUUCUUCACGGCCAUCACAUCUCUAGCUGCCGUUGCCUCCACGGCGAUCCAAAUUGCUGGCCCCAGGAUCGCGACUGGAAGAUCUUCAAUGCCUCAAUCCAAGGCCGGCUCAUCGCGGUCAAGCCCCCGGCAUGGCCUUGCCACGAUCCCCAGUACGACCAUCAUCUCUGCGAGCUCGCCACCGAGAAUUGGAGCGAUCCCACCUGGAGAUCCGACCAGCCGGGAGCGAUGA